GGCGUGGCAGCGCCGCGAAGAUGGCGACCCCUGAUCCGGGUGCUCCGCCGAAAAUGAGCCACAAGAAAUACCGGGCGAUGCUGAACAAAGAGAGACGCAAGAAGCGCCGGCAGGAGCGCGCCCGCCUGAGAGAUGCAGAACUUGCACAAGAGGAGGAAGAGGAUACCAUUGAUGAAGAAAAACGACUGGAAGAAGAGAGGCUGGAGGAGAUGGAGAGGCAAAGAUUGCAUAAGGAGUGGUUGCUGCGGGAGGAGAAGGCACAAGAAGAAUUUAGAAUGAAGAAGGAAAGAGAGGAGGCAAUUAGAAAACGGCAGGAAGAACAGGAGAGAAAACUAAAGGAAGAAUGGGAAGAACAGCAGAGAAAAGAGAGAGCCGAGGAAGAGCAGAAGAGACAGGAGAAGAGAGAGAGAGAGGAAGCUGUGCAGAAGAUGCUGGAGCAAGCUGAAAAUGAGUUGGAAAAUACCAACAUGUGGCAAAACCCAGAACCACCCACGGACUCAAGAGUCAUGGAGAAGGAUCGUGCUAAUUGUCCAUUCUACAAUAAAACAGGAGCUUGCCGUUUUGGAGACAGGUGUUCGAGGAAACACACUUUACCAACAUCGAGCCCCACCCUGCUUAUUAAAAGCAUGUUCACCACAUUUGGCAUGGAACAGUGUCGAAGGGAUGACUACGACCCCGAUGCCGGCUUGGAGUACAGUGAAGAGGAAACCUACCAGCAGUUCCUCGACUUCUACGAUGAUGUCCUCCCCGAAUUUAAGAAUGUGGGGAAAGUGAUCCAGUUCAAGGUCAGCUGCAACCUGGAACCGCAUCUGAGGGGCAACGUGUAUGUUCAGUAUCAAUCGGAAGAAGAGUGCCAGGCAGCCCUCUCUGUGUUUAAUGGACGAUGGUAUGCAGGCCGCCAACUUCACUGUGAAUUCUGCCCGGUGACCCGAUGGAAAAUGGCAAUUUGCGGUUUGUUUGAAAUACAGCAGUGCCCGAGAGGGAAGCACUGCAACUUCCUCCACGUGUUCCGGAACCCCAACAAUGAGUUCUGGGAAGCCAACCGGGACAUUCACCUGUCUCCGGAUCGGACCGGCUCCUCGGGCAAGAACGCCGACCGGAGGGAGCGGGUGGGCCACAGCCGGCCCCGGCGGCGGCGGAGCCCCAGCCCGGCCCACGCCUACAAGAGGAACGGGGAGACGACGAAGCGGAGGAGGAGCGCACAGCGGGAGAGGCGGUCGCAGCGGCACGCCUCCAGGAGCCGGGAGAGGCACUGUUCGCGUGGCAGGAGGAGCAAGCGGGCCCGCAGCACGAGCCACAGCCGCGGGAGGCCCAGCCGCAGCCGCAGGCCCAGCCGCAGCCGCAGCCGCAGUGUCAGCCGCAGCCGCAGCCGGGGCCGAAGGCAUAGCCCGAGCCGGAGGCAGAGCCGCAGCCGCAGCCGCAGCUGGAGCUGGAGCGGGAGCCGCAGCCGCAGCCGCAGUUUGUCCCGGUCCAGGAGCCGCGGCAGAAAGAGGUCCAGGAGCAGAGACAGGACCGUGCACAGCCCCACAGCCAAGUAA